AUGCCGCUCAGCAAGCAGAUGAAAAGCCCAGCCUGCAGGCACCUCCUCCUCUUUAUUCUCUCCCAAUUCAUACUCGCCCUCUGUUUGUUUGCUUACCUUCGGCCCUCCAGGGACCCAGGCCCAGAGCCCCGGGCUGGCAAUCCCUCAGCACUCACAGCCCAGCCUGGAAACCACCCCACAGCUCCACAGGCUGGUUCGGAGCUGACCAUCCUGCUAUGGACCUGGCCCUUUGGGCACCCUGCUGCUCUGCAAAAAUGCUCCGAGCUCUUCGGCAUCCGGGACUGUCACAUCACGGCCAACCGUAGCUGGUACCACAAUGCCAAUGCUGUGAUUGUGCGUCACAAGGAUGUGUGCUCCAGCCCAAAGAAACUGCCCCAAGGCCCACGGCCCCCUUCCCAGCGCUGGAUCUGGUUCAACUUGGAGUCCCCCAGCCACAGCCCUAACCUGGGCUUUAUGGAUAACCUCUUCAACCUGACCAUGUCAUACCGGAGGGACUCUGAUAUCUUCACCCCCUACGGGUGGCUGGAGGUCCUCAGCCAGCCCCAGAACUUCAGCAUCCCAGCCAAGACCAAGCUGGUGGCCUGGGCGGUGAGUAACUGGAACCCAGCCUCCCGCCGGGUGCAGUAUUAUGAGGAGCUGAAGAAAUACCUCCACGUGGAUAUAUACGGCAGCCAUCACAUGCCUCUGCCCCGGGACAAGCACCUCUCCACCCUGUCCCAGUACAAGUUCUACCUGGCCUUUGAGAACUCGCUUCAUGAGGACUACAUCACCGAGAAACUCUGGAACAAUGCCCUGGGCUCAGGGGUCGUGCCCGUUGUGUGCGGCCCCUCCCGAGAAAACUAUGAGCGCUUUCUGCCCCCUGAUGCCUUUAUUCACAUCAAUGACUUUCCCAAUGCUCAAGAGCUGGCCCAGUACCUCCAGGAGCUGGACAAGGACCCAGCGCGCUACCAGCGCUACUUCCAGUGGCGAACAUGGCUAAAACCGUCCGAGCGAUGGUCCUGGACCAUCCACUUCUGCAAAGCCUGCCGGGCCUUGCAAAUGACAGAGACCUACCAGACCAGGACCGGUUUGGCCAAGUGGUUCCGCUCUUAGGAGUUACAUGCUCAGCUUGCUGGGUUGAGUACA